AAUCCGGACUGCAAAAAAUAUAUCAAAAUAAUUGAGAAAUUAUUUAAUAUUAAAUAUAAAAAAAUUGGACUGAACUAAAAUAAAAGUGCUAGAUAAUCUUCUUAGAAGCAGCCAAAAUAAAAAUAAUGGAAAAGAAGAACAUAAUUAGUUAAGGUUAGAGAUUGGGGUUAAGUUGUUUUUAGAAUGCAAUUGUCAAAAAAUUACUCAUAUAUUCCACUCUAAAAUAAAUAAUAAAAGUUAUUUAACCGUCAUGGUUUCUCAGACUUCCGAUACAGCAUAUAAAGUAGGAAAAAGGAUAGAAUGCAAUAACAAUUUUGGAACAAUUAAAUAUAUAGGUCCUGUGGAGGGAUAUACUGGAAAUUGGCUUGGUAUUGAUUGGGAUGAUGAAGAACGUGGUAAACAUAACGGAACAGUUAAUGGAAUUAAUUACUUUGAUACUAGAUUUCCUACAUCAGGAUCACUUUUAAGAAAAGAAAAGGUUAAUCUAGGUCAAAAAAUAAUUGAUUCAAUAAAAGCAAGAUAUGGAUACAUAUAUAAUGAAGAUACUGCAAAGAAAAAUAAAGAAGAACUACUGAAAUUCCAACAAAAAAUCAAUGCGCCUUUCUUACAGUUUGUAGGUUUUGAAGAAGUUGCAGAAAAACAAAGAAACUUUCAGUCCCUGGAAGUUGUGAAUGUAAGACUGCAAAAUGUUAGUUCAGUUGGCGAUUUAGUUACUUUAUGUCCCAACAUCAAGGAAAUUGAUAUAUCCAAAAAUUUGAUAUGUAGUUGGGCCGAUAUAUUCAGUAUAUGUUCACAGUUAGAACAUCUCUAUUGGAUAAAUGUAAGUGAAAACAUACUCUCCAUGCCAGAAAACAUAGAGCAAUAUGUGUUUCCAAACAUCACCGUUCUAAUUUGUGGUUCAAUGAAUCUUAAUUUUGAUGACAUCAAUAUACUUUCAACUGUAUUUCCAAAUAUUCAAGAACUUCGGGUACCUUACAAUCAAAUAACAAGAUUAACAGUAAGGUCAGAUCAUAACUUCAGGAAGUUAAAAUAUUUGGACUUGGAAGGAAAUGAUAUCAAAUAUUGGAAGGAAAUUAACAACCUUGCUUUUAUGAAAAAUUUGGAACAUUUAACUAUAGAAAAUAUCAAACUAGAAAGUAUAAAAUUUGAAGAAAAUGUAAUACCAAUUAACAGUUUUAGGAAACUUGAAACACUCAAUAUAAAUAACAAUUUUAUAAAUGAGUGGGCAUCCAUAGGAGAACUAAAUAAAUUGGCAGGUCUAAGGCAUCUGAGGUUUUUGAAAAAUCCAAUAUUGGAAACAGAAAGUCUAGCUACAAGAGAACAAAUUAUAAUAGCAAAAAUUAAAAACCUGAAGAGCUUGAAUGGAAGACAAAUCACAGAUGAUGAAAGGAGAGGUGCAGAAUAUGAUUAUAUUAAAAAGUAUGCUUUACAGUGGAUGAACCUUAGGAAUCAAAUAGAUAAAGAUAAUUUUUCUAUAGAGCACAAUAGGUUUCUUGAAUUAAUUGAUAUGUAUGGUUUGCCAGAAGAAUCUGAAUUGGUAAUAAAACCUAAUAUAAUUCAAAGUUCGUUAUUGACUAUAAUUUUCCGAUAUAAUGAAGAAGAAAAAACGAAAAGUGUCCCGCAGAAUAUUCCAAUUCAAAAACUUAUACUUUUAAUAAAGAAAAUAUUUAAACUCAAAGAUCGGCCUAUCUUGAUUUAUACCAGUGCAUUGCAGCCUAAUAUAAAAAUUAAAUUAUGUGAUGAAUUGAAGGAACUUCAUUAUUAUUCAGUCCAAGAUGGUGAUACUAUAAUUGUACAAGAUGACAACAAUUUGUGAAAGUAACAUUUAAUGUAAAUACAAUUUUUUAUUUUUUCACUCUCAAAA